AUGUCUUUGUCCGUACUACCACUACGCCAAUGGUACCGUUGCGGCACUACGUUGAAUCACCUUGGUACCUAUUGUCCUGAAUCACUUGCCGAACCCCAGGCAACGAGUCAACAGGCGAGCGGUAUCCAACCAUCGGCAAUCCGCAUACUGCAUUCAGUCGUCACCGGUAUCGGACGUAGAAAGCGCUCAGCUGUUACUCUUCUGUACGCUUUUGUGAAACCCGACGCCAUUGUUCGAUCUCUGUUUGGUUGUUCUGAUAAACAAUCCAAGAAACGUAGCUUGUUUGUGAUAACUCUACACACAGUUAACUACGUUUCGCAUAAAGCUGUGACGAAACUACAUGAGUGAAGACCGCCUUUAAGGCAAGUACAAGACUGCUUCAUUUUAAUUAAGUAGCAUUCAUAGUAUUCCUGUACAGGAACAUUAGUUACCAGCGUUUGCGGUAAUUGACGUGCAUUAAGGGACAUAUGCUAAAUGUAUUAGGUGCGGAUUGUUUUGAAUGUCUACGAAUAUAGCGAGAGUACAAGGGUCUAUUAUAUUUAAUAUAAGACGAUGAUAUCACUCAUUUCGUUAAUAAACUACCAUCAAACACUACCCAAAAGAGUGCUAAUGAUAUCUACUAGAGAUCCUAUAUUUGAUUUCACUUAUUCAGCUUUGAUCAAAAUUAUGUUAACCAGAAAUGCCAGAAAGUAAUUUUAUUUACAAGUUACCAGUGAAGUUCAGUCGCAAAAAUCAAUGAUAAAUUCGAGAAGGAUCCAAACCCAUACGAUCUACUAAUUUUGUUAUUCCUGCUCUGUCGUCAACUAUACCUAAUUCUGUCCCACAAUGUAUUUCUUCUCAUACAUAGUAUUAUGUAUAUUUAAAAUAAUCUACAAUUCAUAUUAUAACUGAAACAAAC